AUGAAAUUUUCUAUUUUCUCAGUUGAGUUGGUUUAUGAGACCGCACGAAGUAGGGAAUUCAUGAUGCAGAGCAGUUCCAUGGAGAUGCAUCAGCCAAAGGGCGACUAUGCUGCGGUGAACACAACCAGCUCCUCCGAAAAGACGAACGGCAGCAGCCAGCAAACUCAAGAUGGGCACAACUACCAGGCCAACGACAACGUCGGCUCGACUCUCCGACGGCUGUUUUCGUUCUGGCAACUCCUGGCUUUCGCCUUGAUAUUCAUGUCGUCGUGGGAAGUCAUGGCCAUGGACAUGGGAGCCACGUUUUACAACGGCGGGCCGCAGACGCUCGCGUGGGGUAUCAUUCUCGUCGUCGUCGGCGCAAUGGCACAAGCGCUGUCCAUGGCUGAGCUCGCUGCUAUACAGCCCAUCGCAGGGGCACAGUAUCACUGGACUCAUUUUCUCGCGCCCGAGAAGCAUAGGCGUUUCAUCACCUGGAUGCAAGGCUGGGUAACGUGGUUCGCCUGGGUCUCUGCCCUCGCGGGCUCAGCUGCCUCGGAAGCCAACAUCAUAAUGGGGCUCGUCGUGACAAACUACCCCAGCUACAACUUUCAGCCUUGGCACCUGACGAUGGUCAUCAUCGCGCAGCUUGUCGUGGUAGGUCUAAUUAACAUGUAUGCCUUCCGUACCAUCCCCUGGAUGGAACUGCUCGCGGGUGUUCUCCACGUUAUUCUCUGGCUCAUUUUCGUCGUCGUCCUCUUGACUCUCGCCCCGCGGGCCAGCGCCGAUUUCGUCUUUUUCGAACGAACCGUCGGCUCGGGGUGGACGAACGGCUUCGUGUCGUGGAACAUUGGCAUGCUGGUCCCGGCGUGGGGAUUCAUCGGGUUCGAUGGUGUCGUGCACAUGGCGGAGGAGGUGAAGCAGGCGAAACAGGCCGUGCCGAGAGCGAUGCUGUGGACGAUCGUGCUCAACGGGAUCCUCUCGUACGGCAUCAUCCUGGCGAUCCUGUUCGCCAUGGGGGAGCCCGAUGAGGUCUUGUCGUCAGACUACCCUAUCAUCCCGCUGCUGUUCAACGCGGCCGGUCCCGCGGCCGGAACUGCCAUGGUCUGCGGUCUUCUCAUCAUCACCUUCUGCGUCGUCGCGGCAUCGUUGGCUUCGGUGUCGAGAAUUACUUGGGCGUGGGCUCGCGAUGGGGGCUUGCCGCGAUAUUUCGCCAAAGUUCACCCUAAAUACAGGGUUCCGAUUCGUUCUGUUUGGUUGCCGUGCAUCAUCGUCAGUCUGCUCUCGCUCUUCACCGUCGGCAACAACGCUACGGCGACCAUUUUCUCUGCAUUCACGGCGCUUUCGUCUCUGGGACUUUACAGUUCUUACGUCAUCGCCAUAUCAUGUAUGCUUCAUGCCCGGACGACAGGACGCAUAGGGCAUGGUCCGCAGUAUCAGGUCCAAUAUGGCGGAUGGUCGCUGCCCAAAGGUUGGGGUACACCGAUCAACAUUUACGCAUUGCUUUGGUCGCUUUAUUUGAGUAUUUGGCUCCCGUUUCCGCAGACUCUUCCGGUUACGGGUACGGAGAUGAAUUACGCGGGACCUGUGUAUGUCGUGGUUGUGGUUGGGGCUGUAAGCUUCUGGUUUACAUGGGGAAAGAAACACUGGCCGGGGUUGAACAAGACUGCGAUUGAGAGGGUCGAGGCGUAUAACUAG